AUCGCCCCUAUCAUAACUGGUCUUACAGGUCCUGCAAGAAAAACAUGCUUGAGUGGGUGAAUUCAUCACAUGUGAACUUUGCUGGGCGGUAUCCAAAAAGGUCAAUCAUAACUGACACGCCAAUAUCAAAUUUUAUGUGCUACGAAAUCGAUGCUCUGAUAAAUCCCAGUGAUUCAACCAUGGCUUGCCUACAACGACCCACGGAGAACCCGGGGCCAAAUUUAUAUCUGUACAACGUCAGAUAUAUAGCCAAUUAAAAAAGACCCUUCUUUCAGCUCGAUGUAGAAGUCGGACAAUUUGCCUUUGAUUACAAGACACUGGAAGGCGCUGGCUCUUCAGAUGACGCAGCAUUUAAAGCAUAUGUGUCUCAAAAAUUGCUGGUAAAUUCUCGUCCUUGAUACUUUUGUAAUAUCAAGUUCCCAUUGAAAUUUUGUAAAUCUAGGUUGCAGAGGAACUCACCAUGUAGCUCUUUCAUAGAACCGUCUUUAAACCAAAUGAUAUAAGACGAUUUAGCACAGCAUCAUGUUUGUGAGAAUCACCAAACAGAAAUUCCUAUUGAUAAAAUAUGUGUUGGGAGUUUAAGAACGUAUUCGCCGAUUGCCCCGCCGACUGCUCGAAAUGGAAGAUGACCGAGGAGCAUCCUGCCUAUGGAGAGGUUUGUCCUGAAUUCGCACUUACAAAACAGCAUUGCAAAAAUCCAACUCAGGUCAGCGUUGCAGAAAAGGCAGGAAAAUGUCCAUGCCAUGAUCCUUUUGGCCAGUUCUGGCAUAUGCAAUGUGGAAAUUCUAGGUCGCAGGGACAGGCUUCAAGCAUGAAUCUGGUUUCUGGGGAGCCUCUAGAGACUCCAAACUCCAGCGAUACCCAGCUUCACUCUAGAUCAGACCAGAACCCUCAUUCUGCUCAUCAACCCGCAACGCAGGCGGGUAGAGGUGGGUUUUACUCGCGUCGACAGCAGAGUGGUAUCUGGAACAAUCAAGCUUCGAAUUUGAUGUAUCCAGAUAGUAAUGGAGUCCCACCCUUGGGGACAUAUGAUCGUUCCUCCCUGUCACCUGACCCGCCAGACCUAGUGGUAGUCUCAUCCUCAGCAGACCAACAGACACAUAUUCCACCGGCAAGUGCAGGGAAUACACAGGGUGCAUUUACAAACCACUGGUCAACAUCUAAUUAUCCAAAUCAUGGACAUUCAAGUCAGGAAAAUGUAAGAAGAUUUCAACGUAAUCCCUUCUACUUCGAGUAGAUAUCUGACAGACAAGUAGCGUCGAACUUCAGAGCCGUGGAGGGAUCUUGCAAAGAAUUGGGACAGAAAGUCUUGAUUCGAUAAUGGUUGAGGAGAUAUGUAUAAGUGGUACCAAUGAAGAUGGCACCAAUCGGGUUACUGAAACCGAUCCCUACUCACACUGUCCAAGGGUAAUCUCAGCCGAUGUCUUCUGAGAAUCUAUAGGAGAAUAGAAUGUCCACUGAUGCUCUAGUCGAAUGAAGAUAAUGAAUGGCCAAUGCA